UCUCGCGAGGGUACGACCAUUGCAUUUUAGUCUGCAAUUUUUCGAAAAUUGUGCAAUUUAAAGCCCCCAGUGGCACCCAAAAGUGGGUUCAACUGGCGUCGGAAGUGAUUAGCGAUCGGGACGCGUUCGAGUGCAAUAGAAGUGCGGUGGCAGCGAGGAAAUUUCUGUGAAAAACAGUGAAAAGUUUGCCGUCAAGGAGUUUUUUCAUCUCUUUUUUCGCCAGCCCUAGUGUAUGCGUCUGACGUUGGACGCCUGUGCAGCUUUCGGUGUGCGUGCCGUGUGAAACUCGUCUAAAACCGCGUUCGUCUAUGCAGCCAUCGGUGAAUAAAUGAAAUUUGUUUACAAUUUCUGUGCGUGUGUUGGAUUCGCUCGGUAGUUGACAUUGGUUCGGGCAAACUCGCGGGUGUCGUUCGUGGCCCGAAGUGGCUAAAAACAAACGCCCGAUCCAACGGGUUCGGGCUUCGUUUACCGUUCGUGGCCGAUCGGGUUCUCACGAUUGACAUUCGCUGUAAUUUCGUUGCGUUCGCGAUUCGUGUAGUGAAGUUUUUUGUGUGUGAUAAACAGAGAUAAGUGAUUUAAAUGAUCUUGUGUUUACGCGUGUGUGUUUUCGUCGCGUCUUUUGCAUGAAGGUAUUGUUGCUUCGCUGGUGAUGGAUUUGGGAUUUUCUCUGUAGUAUUUUAUCGUUCCGUGCGCGUUUCUCUGCCUGAAGUAAAAAAAAACAGGAGAAGCGAGGAAAGGCACGUAGAUAGGCGCAGGAAUACGACUCAAUCUAUGCCUAGUACGGAUUCCGCAGAAGUGUGAACCAUUGAAAGAAUAAUCGCGGCAAAUCGAACGGUUUUCCGAGCAGUGGAAACAAAUGAGUGAGAAAUAAAUUGACGAUUAGUGGAAAAUUAUCGCUUCCACUAAAUCCUUCGAUUUCGGAUUAUGGCUUACAACACGUCGACCAAUAAAAACUAGAACCACGCAUGAAGACAAAAAAACAGUUGGCAGCGGCCGCUGCAGCGGCAGCAGCAGCCGCCGAGAAGAAAGCCGCAAACGCGUCCGCUUCCGAUGUUCCACUGAAAAAACCGCUCAAACGCCUCCAAACAAAAACCAAAGAAAGUACACCGAAACUGGUUGAAUUCUCGGUUCCGCCGGGUCAAGCACAGCAAUCCAAACAAUCACAACCCGGAACAGUGAGGGGAAAAACUGUGACUAAACCGACCGUUGGUCCGAAAUCUCCUGUCCCAACAAAACCGGAACCGGCCACUCCUUCCAGUAAAGUGUCAGCAACAUCCUCGGGAUCGACCAAACAAAACAAGCCCACUAAGCAUGAGUCCGCUUUGAAUCCUGUCAGUCCGGCCGGAACCAGUGCAAAAUCAUCGGGUCUGGCUUCUCCGAAAAGGACCGGCAGCUUAAAAAAAGCGGAUCCCGCCAAAAGCAAAAACUCAACACCCACCGGUAGCGGUGUUAAAAAACCAUCCGCUGGAGAGAAAAAGAAGAUUCAAAAAGAGCUGAAAAAUCUUGGCAUCACCGAUAGGACUAUCAAUCAACUCGACACGACCGUGGUCGAAUGCAAUCCGUCAAUCAGUGAGAUGGUGAAAACCAAAUCACGUGCCACCGUCAGUCAGCAAAAGUAUAAUGAGAUCGGUUUGCUGGGUGGUCCCACGGGUGCCGGUGGGACAACCCACAAGGCUGCCACCGUAGCUGCUAAUUCCGCAAAACCGGACGGUUCUCCCGCUCUGACGGGUAACGACACUAAUAAACCCUCGGAAGCAGUUUCCACCGUGGCCCCUGGAUUGGUCUCUACCGUCGCAAAUAGAAAAAAGACUCCUUCGGGUUCGCAGAAGACAAAGGACCAUCCGACCGCGGCCAAAGAGGACCCCAAACUGCGCGAGACUACUGUGGAUCGUGGGGAAGGUGCGAAAAACAAAAGCCCAGCCAUGACACUGCCAACGCCUGCGCCGCUGCCGUUAGCCGCUAAAGAAGAUGUCAAAGUGCCGACCGGAGCAAAGACGGUUCCCGAUAGUAAAACUAAAGCGAAAAAAACCGAAAGCAACGACGAUGAUAAUGAUAAUGGUACGGCAGAAAACAAGCCGGUAAAAAGAAACACCUCUGCGUCGUCUUCUGCGGUUUCAACGCCGGCGGUUCCCAAGGCAAAGCCCCGAUCCAAGAAGGCCAUUCUGGAAGAAAAAAGGGCAGCCGAAGCAAAGGCUGCUGCUGCUGCUGUUGUUGCUGCGGCGGAGGUCUCGACUGCUGGUACGGUAGAACCGGCUCCUGGCAGUGCUGUAAAACAAGCCGAAGCCGAAGACAAACAAAAGGCCGAAGAGGAAAAAACAUGUUCCCUCGUUGAACUUGAACCGGACGACCGGCAUGAGGCCGAGGUCCAGAGUCGCAUCGAAGAUAUUGUAAAAGCACUGGAAGAGGAGGAAGCGAACGAAGGGCAGGGUGCCACGGUGGUAGCACAUCCGAAAGCAGACGAGAUUAAGAUAGAGCCCCGGGUGGACCCCGAACAAUCAGCGAAAGAAAAGAAACAGACGAAGGUGAUGAAACCGAAAAGUUCUAAGUCGGUUCCGAAAAAACCACGCAAAACGCCAACCAAAAAGCAACCGAAUGAUGAAAUGCCGGGCAGCAAUGUUGAGACUUUGAAUGAAUCAAUUAGCUCUGCAAAUGAUACAUCCGCUGUCGGGAUGACAGAAAAACAAUUAGCCCCGUCGAGUCCUGCCGGAGACCCCGGGAAAUCAUCACCGGCGAAAUCCGUCACUGUCAAAACCGUUGCCAAUUCAACGGCCAAACGAAAAUAUGUCAGAAAACCUAAAAACUUGAGUGCUUCGAUCAAAGUAACCGGUCCCAAUGACGUACCGGAUCCGACUGUAAGUAGUGCGGUUUCUCAAGAAACGUCACAAAAAGAUGCUUCCGCCAAGACUGAACAACAGAAACAACAAAUCGCUCCACCCAUAGCCCACAACAGCUCAUCUCAGCCAAGCGAACCGACAGAAUCUCCCGAACCUCCGAAAACGAUUCGAUCUUCCACGGAAAACGAUGACGACGUUCCGCUUAAUCGGCUGAAAAAUAUUACAAAACCGGACCCCGUCAGCACCUCGGAAUUAUUCAUCGCACCGCCGAAACCGUUGGUGGUGCCACCGGAACCGAUGAGUUCCGGUAGUUCCAAUCCUGCCACCCCGCUGCUUGCCAGUUUGCUAAGCCAACCGGCGGUCAAAUCGAAGAGAAAGUACGCUCGUAAAACUCCGGUAGCGCCGGGACCGGCUGCCCCCGGCAAGAAACUACCGCCCAAACGUUCUCCGGAAACACCCAAAGAACCACGGGAUAAAAAGUCCGAAAAAAAGGACGUCUAUGACUUUGACGAUUCCGAAAGUGACAUCGACACUCCCGUCAAGGCCGGCAAGCCGACAUUCAAGCGAAAACCGCUGGAAUCUUCUUCGUCGUUGAAGGACGAUGAUGAGUUUGAAGAAGCUCAGCCUCUGGAUGUGAAAGCGGCCGAAGAAGAGAAUAAUCUUUCUCCGGUGAAACAUGAAAAGAAAAUCGAUUCCGAACAGGAGAAAGAGCUGCCUAAAUCGCCGAAGAAAUCGUUGUCUAAAUCCGAAGAAAAAUCCAAGAGCUUAGAGGCAUCCCAUUCCAAACCAGGCCUAUCCGAAUCGGAACAUUCAAAGGACGAUAACGAUGACGACAAUGACGAAGACGAUGACGACGACGAGGAGGAGGAGGAGGAAUCGGACCAAAGAUGUCGUGUCCCGAUCAGUCGCAAAGUGAAACAAGAGGUACGGGACAGCUCGGACGAUGACUCGGAUGGUUAUUCGUCGGAGGAAUCGGUACGAACGCGAAUAGUGAAAAAACGGCUGACGGCAAAAACACGGCACCUGAAACUGUACGGAUUUUGGUCCGGUCCGAAGCGGCAUCGUGUCGCGUCCUUGAAUGCGAUCGCCAAGGUACACUGUUUGUACGAGAACGAAACCCGUGCCGCACUGGAAGCUAGCCUGAUGAAGCAGAUUCCGUCGAAAGUGUCCCGGGCGGUUGCCGCUAAGGUGGUGAAGAAGGAAAAACUGGAAGAUGAAGACAAAAAGAAUGAAGCUAGUGCAGUGGCAAAAGAAGACAAAAAGGAUGACAAAAGUGACAAAAAAAUGAGUGCCCAUGAAAAGAAGGAAAAAGAAGAUGAGAAAAAAUCGAAAACAGUUCAAGUGAAAGAGGAAAAGAAGAAAGCGGUGAAAAUGGUAGAAAUUAAAGACGAUAAGAAGAAAGAAUCUAAAAAAUCAGAAGCAAAAGAAACUAAAAAGGACAGCAAAAAGAAAGAAAAGGAGAAACCGAAAGAAGAGUCCAGUAGUGAAAGUGACGAAGAUGAAUCGGAGGAAGAGGUUGUUACACGCACUUUGAGAUGCGUUCCCGGACUUCGCGGAGUCGGCAAACACUGGGACCCGAAUGCUUCCAGCAUGGAAUCGGAAGAUGAUCUUCUACCGGAUUCCGAUGAAACUUACGCACAGGGAAAAGACACCGACCCGGUUAAAAAGCGCAAAAUCAAACGCAAAAUAGUCAAAAAACCUAAACCCAAACCGAAGAGCGAAAAGUCUGACAAGUCGGAAAAGCCCGACAAACCGAAACCGCCGGCCAAAAAAAUCAAAAAAGAACUGAAAGCUCUCAUGUCGGACAGUGAGAAGCAAGCGGAGGAGGACUCGUGUUCUUCGUCGUCCGGUUCCGAAAAGGUGGUGACUGCAAAGUCCAAACAAACCGAUAGCAAAAAACGCAAACGGAAGCCCAAGGAGAAAAAGGAAGUCGUGGAGGUGCUGGCCAAAAAGCGAAUGGCCAGUUUGAACGCAACGGCGAUGCUUGCGGCCACCUACGAGGUUCAACGGAUUCUCUAUCGGAAUACGGAUUCCGAUUCGGAUAAUCCAGCGCACAAACCGAAAACCAAAAAAGCAAAAGAUCAAAAAGAAACAAAGGAGAAGGAAGCUGCAAAGUCCGAGGAGAAGAAGGAUGCGAAAGAAUCAAAAGAAUCCAAACACGAAGAGAAACCCGCGGAAGCAAUUGAGCCCAUUAAGUCUCCUGAAAUAGAUAAAUCAAAGGAAAAAGAAGAACCUAAAGAAAAGGGAAAAGAAAACACAAUUACAGUUAAAACGGAACUUUUGCGAGAUAGAAAAGAUGAAACCGAAGUCAAGCGGGAGCUGGAAGAGCCCCGUCCGAUGUCCAGCAACGUUGUAAUCGCCCAGGACACCGAGGUUACCAUAACAGGUGUUUAUGUGAAUUCAUCCCUCGGUGCCAAUCAGGAAGCGUACUGCAAAAUGCAGUACCGUGUUCAGCAGAGUGUUACCGAGGAACGCUUGGUACGCCCUGGGGAGGCACCUCCCCGAUCCUACACACCGCUGACGGCCCUGUCCAGCAUGCGACCGCCCAAUGACCAAGCUUUAUCCACACCACCGUUGUUCGGUCCACCGUCGCAGUGUGAUUCGCCGUUGGGAUUGGGACCGCCACGAUCCUUUUAUCCGCCACCCACAUCAUCAUCCGGCAGUUCCAGUGCGUUCUGUGCACCGAUUCCACAUGACAGUCCAGGUUACUAUCAACCGGCUGGUCCGUUGAUAUCGCCUCAUCUGUUGCCGCAACCGGCUCCAGGUCCACCCAGUGCAACGUCCCAACACAGUGCCAGCAGUAGUGCUGUGACCAAACAACCACCAGAGUCUGAUUCCCCGCUGCAAUCGUUGACCCAACCGCCGUCCUCGUCCACAGCGGAUAGCACCGACAGCGAUGUGCUGCUGACUGGCGGUGAUUUGUCAGCCCGAUCGCAGGCCUACCGAUACGGUCCGUCCGGUCCGCCAAAUAUUUACCAGCGUCCGGUUCAGAUGCACUGUCCUCCGCCGCCACAUCUGGCACCGAACUACUACGCGGCACCUCCGUACAGUCAGUACCCGCCGGAGAUGUACUACACCCACGCUUACCCGCCAGCACACUUCUAUCCAAAGUUUGCCCAGUACUACCCGAGCCGGCGAUACUACCCGGGACCACCGGGUCCCGGUGAGCACCUGUACGAGCAAGCCCCUCCUCCGUCUAGUGGUCCCGUACCGCCCCCGUCCGGUGCUCAGCUAGUUCCGGCCGGUCCCCAGGGUCCCCAACAUCUGGAUCACUAUCCCGGACCACCACCGUAUCCGUAUCCGGGGUACGGCAGUCCCGGGCCAGGGCCUGGAGGGCAGUGUUACUCCCGUAACCUGCAGCCCCCACCGUAUAUGGAUGCGCACUACACGACCAACUGUCCCUGUCCGAUGCAAUCGUGUCCAAAAAACGUCAAUGCUGGGUCCCUUAUUGGUAUCAAGGCCAGUAAGGGCCCAGUAGCCACCGUACCAACCCCAAACCAUCAUAUCGCCACGACGGGAGCGUAUUCCGCCGUACAGACAUCCACCAUGAACAGCAGUGAGCCAAUCAUGAUCUCGUCUGGUUCAUCUACAUCUUCUUCACCUCCAUCGUUGGACAUUCACGCACCGAUAGUGUGUCCAGCCGAGGUCGCCACGUCCUCGAUAUACGUGGCACCGACGACAACCACGAUGACGACGACGGCAACGUCUGCGACGACGCAGGUCAGCGCAGCAUACAGCAGCACCGCUACCGCGUGCAACACAAACAUCACAACCACUACCAUCACAAGCAACAACACCACAGUGGUGACUGAACCAAAUAGAACACCUAAGGUUAAGCCAGAAAGUGACCUGUACCAGUGUAGUAAAAACUACCACCUGCAUCAUCAUCACUAUCACCAAGAUCAACGCCCGUCGGCACCUCCACCAACGCAUCCGCUGCAGCACUUCGAUCCCGGAACCACUCCGCUUUUGGCAGAGGUCAAAGAAGAACCUUCAACGCCAACCCCCGAGUCCGAGUUUAAAUCCGCCAAAAACAUUCCGAAGCUGAUACCGAUUACGGCAGCCAUGGUCAAACAGGAGAUUGCCGAGGUCAAACAGGAGCUAUCGACGGUGGUGACCUGCAAGAAGGAGGACUUCGAAGAGAAUGGACCAGCGAUGACUCCGGAUCUGCUACUCGAUGAAGCAUUAAUCAAAAAAGAAGAACUCGUUUCGGAGCUUCUACUACCGGACCGGUGUUUCGUCCAGAAUCAAAAACUCGACAACAAAUGUCUCCUAUCAAAUAUUCUAACCACUGAAGCUAAUCUGAUCAAUCACAAGACUAGCGCCGGUGAUAUUUGUAGCAGCGAGAAGAAUAGUGUUAGUAACAGCAACAACAAUAACAACAACAGUAGUAUUAGUAACGAGAAAGUACAAUUAGUCGAUAGUGUCCUACCUGAAAUUCCGGCAUCAACGGUCAAGCGGAGACCACUGUUGGUUGCAUGCAAGAAAACGACGCCGAAAAAAUCACCACCCAAUAGCUAUAAGAAUCUGAUUAAACGUACAAAUCUGGACGAAGAAAGCACGAUCACGGUGCUCAGCGAUGACGAUGAAGAGGAGGACGAGGAAGAAGCAGUCAUUCAAAAGGUAGUUCGGCGUAAGCUGCUGGCUACUACCCGGCCAAGAAAGGUUCUCAAGCGAACACGGCGAAUCUUCGGCGCAGAACAGCAGCGCCAUCUGAGGAAACUUUCCCGAACAUUAUCGAAAUCGAAACGAAUCCGAAAGAUUACUAAGCGGCCAUCGUGUGUUCCGAGCAAUCCGAAGAUUGAAGUACCAACAACUCAACAAACGGAACCAAAGCUUCCCGAAACCGUACCGGUUUCGGAGGACUCACGGAACGGAACGAAGCAAAUCGAAAUGGACAGUAAGCCCGAGGAGCCCGAACGGCAGGCCAGGCCAAUGUCCAACGUAGACCUAACGAUCGAUCUGGUAGCCAAGGGAUAUUUUUCCGAACCGGAAAUUCUAUCCCAGGAGACAAAGGCCACCUCACGUAAGAUCAAGAAACUAAAACAACUGGAAGGUCGCUCACAGUCUGAACAAACCCGGAGUAAGCGAGAGCAUAGCUCCGAAAAUAAACACUCAUCCAAGAAAGCUAAGAAACUUGACGCGCUGGACGUUGAUUUCGACAAAAGAAAAGGUAAGUGCAAAGCGAAAACGAUUCAUGCCGAUGUUCUGGACGCUCCUGCUCCGUCUAUUACUGUUGUCGUUUCGACAGAUAAGGAGUUGAAAAAGGCAUCCAAAGCGGUGGAAAAAGACAAGAAAUCCAAGAAAGGAUCGAAGUACAACUCUAAAAAGAAGUCCGGUAAAAAAUCUAAGAAACUAGACCGUGAAGAACGAGAAGCUCACACGAUGCCCGAUCCUACAAAAGAUGAUCAACCGCAACCUCAUCCGAUCCCAACGCCAAUGUGCCCUGACGAGGUAGAUCCCAGCGUUGACGAUCGAGAAACGGACUUCGAUGAUGCCGCAACGAUGCUGGUGGAAGAUGACAUGAUGAGUGUCGACACAAACACGAUGAUAAAUCGUCACAACAACAAUAACAGCAGUACCGUCGAGAACAAGAAUGCCGUCGGUGUAGAGGAUCCGAUGGAAAUCCCUUUGGCACCGACUACGGUUGCAGUUCAUGGUUGCGAUCAGAACCCACAAGCCCUACCAAAUGAGGAUGAAGACGAGGAGGAAGACGACGAGGAAGAGGAAGAGGAAAUCAUGCUAGCGAGAAGAUUUGCCAAAAAGAAUGCCAAAGCACUUCGGCGUGCAGCUCGGUCGAGGUCUAAAUCAAAAUCUAGAAAGUUCAGCAUCAAAAAACGGCACCGCAUCUACCGGAUGACGGCCGAGGUGGAGGAGGUGAUCGUGCCAAGAAAAUGCAACAGUGCACCCCGUUGGAGCAAUGGUUGGACCUGGGAAGGACAACCGUUCCAGGGCAAAGUGUUUUUGAAUAGCGAUGAUCCCCCUGUACUGCGAACUUGUUACCCCGCGAUGCGACAUUCGGAAGGAGACAUUAUUAGACCGCGGGACUGUGUAUUGCUUCGGGCGGGCAGCAAGCGGGCUGAGCUGCCUUACGUGGCUAAGGUAGCAUACCUUUGGGAGAAUCCAGAAGAUGGUGAAAUGAUGAUGUCACUGCUGUGGUACUACCGGCCAGAACAUACCGAACAGGGCCGACAACCGACCGAUGGACCGGACGAAGUGUUCGCAUCACGCCACAAGGACCAUAAUAGCGUAGCUUGCAUCGAGGACAAAUGUUACGUUUUGACGUUCAGCGAGUACUGCAGGUUUCGUCGUCAUCUGAAGGGUUACGAGGAAAAUAUCGUGGAGCAGCCCUCGAUAGUGCCGGCACUGAGGCGAGAAAAUGCCCGGCUACCACCGCCGAUUGUGUCACCCGAGCUGGUCAUGUACUGUCAGCGUGUAUACGAGUUCCGUUUGAAACGUCUCCUCAAGACACCAUCCUAGUGUCGGCGGUUGGUGGUAGAGCGACGGAUACCUCCGAAGCCUACCCACGAACAACAGCGUCAAUCGCAUCCGCUUCAGCAUCGCCACCACCAGCAGCAGCAGCAGCAACAGCCGGGAUCAUCAGCGAACAGCAACAACAACAACAAAAUCAGUAACAACAACAACAGCAACAGUGGAACAACAUCAGCAACAAUCAAAUCACAUAUCCACAGAUGAAUCGCAUAUUUUCUGGGGGAACCGGCCUGUCAACCGUGUAUUCACGGAUUAUGUUUUACUGGGGCGAAAUUGACCCAUCAUGAGUAAUCAUCAUCGUUAGUAACCGUUCUGUACACUAUGCUUUUCAAGAGUUCUAGUCCAGGGUUUGGGUGAACCACUCCCGUGGUUUGCUGGCAGGAAGAGUUCAACUUGCAUCCUGAAAAUAUCCAGAAAACGUCGCAUGCUCGAAUAGUCCAAAUCAGUUCCAGUAACAACAUCUACUUUACGUACUUUUUAUUUACUAUUUGUUUUUUGCGGUUGUAUUUAUAUUUCCUAAAUCUUUUUUGUGUACAAAAUGAUUUUACUUCGAAUCUAUUCUCUUCGAUUGUAUAUUUACUACUUGUUAUUUGUGACAGUUAAUAAUAUUAUUUGUAAAUAGUUUCCAUAUGAUUUUAUGAUAGUUUGUGGAAUGCACAGCAGAAUCAAAAUCUAUUCUAAAGGAACCGUAACUAAGUAAACAAAAAUUACAAUUAAAACUUUUGAACGAUAUUCUUAGUGGCCAGGCAUGUUCAGGAAUAGAGAACAGAAGAAAAAAUACUAACCAGCAAAAAAGUAACGAAACACAAAUACAAUAACCAACCGAUUACAUGAACGUCGUUGAUAUUCCUUUAUUUUUUGAUAAGCUUCUAAAUAAAAUUUGCGCACAAAUGAAAAACAAAACAUGUAGUAGCGACAUAAUUGUGAGCCGGGCAAACUGGAUUAGCAAAGAGAACAACAAUUUGUGAGCUGCAAAUCAAAAUAUUAGUUCGCAGAAGUUGAAAUGCUUAUUUGCGUGAAAAACUAAAAAAGUGAUGUCAUUCAUGUAGGUAAAUUUAGUUUAUUCAACACAACAGAAGGAUGUGAUUGUUUUAAAAUUGGAGCAUAAUUGUUUCGCAUAAGCAUUGACUUAAUCAAAUUCAUAAUAUUACUUUUUGCAAUUUUAAAACGAUUCAGAAAUUUAUCUACAUUUUUAAACAUUUUUCAAAGCGCCUACUGCACUUGCGCCUGUACCCCCAGACGGCUGGCUAUGUCUGCCAGCCAAGUCUGGCAACAAUGCAACAACCGUAUCCGGCAGAGAAUUUCGCCUAGCGGUUAUUACGGGUCUGUUUCUGUCGGAUUUUUGCCAUACAAGAUUGGCAGAACCGUUUUGAAUCGGUUUCUUCAUUUUAAGCUUCUUGGUUUUAUUUUUUCAAAAAAAGAUACAUAUGAAAAGCAAUAAGUUAUUGCCCUUCAUAUAUACUAAUCAUGGAAAAUGUCAUUGUCAAUAACAUUGCUUACUCACUACCAAACAUACCCAUAUUUCAAUUUCAUUUACCUCGAUUCG